UCGUGGUACAAGCUCUGGUUGCUCGUUCAGACCAUCUCUGUAUGGCGUGAACCACCAUGUGUUAAUUGGUGUUACUAUGCCCAACUGGCCUGCCCCCAUCUUGCUACAUCUAAAGUCGUCGAUUAUGCAGGCCAUCCUUCAUUUCAAUGCAGAGACCAAGAUAUUCCAUUGCCCCAGGAACCGCAAUCACAACGGUGUGGUUGUGUGCACCCAUGCGAUCUUCGCGGGAUCGUAGAUGAUGGCAACAUGAUGAGAACACACAUUGUGGCGUAUGAUUUCUAUCCAUCUCAUCUGCAUUGUGAAGCGCGACGUCGUCACUGCGCUCGAACAACAGCUCACGAUCGACGUACCCCACGUGUCGCCCCGUGCAGUGAUUGUGGGAGUGCAUUUGUGCGGCACGUUGUCAAAAUCGUCAUACUCGUUGUCGCUGUGAUACACAUAUAA